AGGAAUCCGGCGGGAAGCGGCGGGGCAGAGGCAGCGGGAUGGCGGGGGUCGGGCAGCAGUGGGGGGCGGUCGCGGUGGUGGAGCUGUGGGGGGUGCUCCUGCCCCCGAAGCCGGCGGCGGGGGAUUCGGAGCCCGAGGAAGAGCCCGAGGAGGAGCUGCUCUGGGAGGAGGCUGCGCUCCUGCAGGCUUCCGGGAGAGAGCUGGCGCCCGCUCUGCCCCCACGCCGAGCCGUUGUUAUACAAGAAGAACACUCCAAAAAGAAGUAUGAAGUAAUUGGACGUUUUCCAUUAGUUGAUCCUUGGUGGAAAGUUAAUGUUAAAGUUAAAAAAGUGGGGCCAAAGUACUUUGCACAAGGAUGUCCAUCGUAUUUUCUGCGGACUGAUAUAGAAGAAAACAACCAACAAAUCUUUUCACUCUUUCUCAAAGAAUGUGGUGUUCCUGAGUAUUUUAAACAAAAGUUUUUUACUUGGCUUCCUGUGGAAUCUGUGCUGAGUUUUAGAAAUCUAGAAGAAAAACUGAAACAGUUCCAAGUUUCAUGCUUACAGAGAGAGAAGAAACAAGGACACACCAAGGAUUAUGAUAUCCUCUACUACGUCUUGAAAUCAUUUGCAGGGAAGGUGGUGUGGGUAGCUCUGACUUUUCCCCUGAUAUUGGAGUUCCUGCCGGUUCUGCUGCCCCAUCACUUUUGCUGUCUGCUGGACACGGGGCACUGGGAAAGACAGGCUGAAGAAGAGAGUGGUACAGAUGGUGAGGAAGUACAUUUUCAAGACAACACGCUAACAAAAUUGGAUGAAAUAUUAAAGAAUGAGCCAUGGAAGCUUGGAUUCAGCAGGAUAACCUAUAGGGAAUUGAACCUUUCUUACUGUGAGGCAACCUGGGCCAACUUCUGUCAGUGUGAACAUCUCCUCUGGAAGAUCCCUGACUUGCAGAAGAAUGCAUUAAUUCUGUAUGAUCAGCUCAAGAAACGGUGUAGAGAAAUGGGACACACUUACGAGGAUCAAGAUGAAUUAUCUCAUUUGGUGUCUAAAGAGAUGUCCAUUGAACAUGUUUGGCAAUCUCUUGAAUUUUUGAAAGAUCAGAAUAUAGUGAUUAGGGAUAAAAAAUUAGUGUUUCUGCCUCAUCUUUACAAAUCUGAAAAAGACAUUGCAAGGUAUGUAGGUAAGCUUCUGUCAAACCACUCAUGGGAACUGGAUGUAGAUGUGAGAGAGGUACUCAAGAUUUCUGAGACAGCAAGAGGAAUGGGAGGUAACAAAAAGAAUGUGACCCAGUCUCAAGAAAUGGAACAUCUGAAGGAAAACAGUCCAGGCAGUCAUAAUGGUGAAAAUUACUUUUCUGAAGACAAAGUGGGGUCCAUGUCUGAUACCCAAAGUAAAGCAGAGGCAGACUCAGAUCAGGUGAUGGCUGUGAAAAAGAUUUGUUCUAAUCCUGUCACAAUCAUAAGUGGAAAAGGAGGCUGUGGGAAGAGUACAGUAGUUAGUUUGCUUUUUCAUCACUUAAAGCAAAUGGAAAAAGAAGUAGAAGCUGCUUCUAAGGACUUUGAAGAAGACCUGGAUGCAUCUGAAGAAUGGAACACCUUUGAUCAUAAUUGGGAGUCAGAGAAUUUGUGCACAAAAAAAGAUUUGAAUGUACUGUUUACUGCACCUACAGGGAGGGCAGCAAGCCUUUUGAGUGAAAAAACUCAGCUUCCUGCAUAUACACUGCAUCAGAUUAUCCACAGUUUUAAAUUGUGGAGGCGAAAUGAACAAGUACAGCCAUGGAAGUUUUCCACUGUGACAGUUCUGGUUGUGGAUGAAGGAAGUUUGGUGUCUGUACACAUUCUUAGUUUAGUUUUAAAACUCUUGUGUGACCAUGCUCAGCUUGCCAAACUUAUUAUUCUAGGUGAUACUAGACAGCUACCAAGCAUAGACCCAGGAAACAUGUUAGCUGAUAUCUUUGAGGGCCUAAAAUCAAGAGACUUGUCGGUGGAACUGCGAACUAAUCACAGAGCAGAAUCUCAGCUAAUUGUAGAUAAUGCAACAAGAAUCUCUCAGAGGCAGUUGCCUGAAUUUGAUGAGGUGCUUAACAUUUCUUACUGGAAUGAGGAAAUGACAGUGCCAAGCCCGGAGAAGAAAUUCAUUCAUAUUGCUUUGCCUGCUGGUGGAGGUUGUGAGGAUCUGCAAGCUGCCAUAAAGACUUUACUUGAAAAAGGGCCAGGAUUGCAGGAUGCCAGACAAUCACAGUUCAUUGCUUUCAGAAGGAAAGAUUGUGAUCUAAUAAAUGAACUUUGUUGCCUACACUAUUCAAAUCAUCCAACCAGAGACCAUAAAAAGCGACUUCUGUUCCGAAUUGACGACAAGAUUUCCUGCACACGGAAUGUCUAUCUCAGAGACCUCUUGCCAUCCUCUGGCUCCAGAGAGGAUCCCAAUGACCAUGCCUGCCAAACGGGAGGAACCACCCUCACUAGAGAGAAUGCUGAGGAGGGCAAACGACUGUGCAAUGGAGAUAUAUUUUUCAUUACAGAUGAUACAGAGAUCAAUAAGGAGCGCUUAGUGACCAUCAGCAGCACCUACGGCUCCACGUUCACUGUGAGCUACAAGGCACUGAAGCAGCUGUGUCAUAUAAAACAUGCAUGGGCCAGAACUAUCCACACAUUUCAGGGUUCUGAGGAAAAAACUGUUGUCUACGUGGUUGGCAAUCCUGGCCGUCAGCACUGGCAGCACGUGUACACAGCUGUGACCAGAGGCCGCUGCCGUGUCUACGUUAUAGCUGAAGAGCAGCAUCUCAAGAGAGCAGUCACUAACAAGAACAUGCCCAGAAAAACUCGCCUACAGAGAUUUUUGAGAGAGGCAAUCACAGAAACAAGCAGUUGUCCCAAACAGGCCUCGUUUCCCUUCACGAAGAGCUGCCAAAGUCAAGAGCUCGAGACUCAUUCUGUUCCGGUAACUCACGGUGCUUCUGGCCCAUCGGAGCCUCUGACUGACUUGAUCAAUCAGGAAGGGUUAACAGCGCCCUGUAAGGAACAGAGGAGUCAUGUGCUGCAAAGUCCAUGUAAAAGACAAGAAAGUCUUGAUGAGAAUUCAACAGCCCAAGAUUCCCCACUUGGGUCUUCGAGACUUAAGAAUCUAACUUUAGGACACCCAAGUCCUAGGAAGCUUUUCAAAAGCUAACAAACCAAUUAACUGUCUGUGUUAUCAACACUUUCUGAAACUCUUCCAUUUAAGGUUUUUGGGAACAGAGGAGCUGGGUUUGCAGAUUAUUUUCAAAAAUAAUCUACCUAUAAAAUACCUGUCUGGUAUUUGCACAUUCUGUGAACAACAGCUUGUUUUGCAGUGAUGUGUUUUCAGCAGGAGGUUCUUUGGUGUGUCAGUCAUCAAAAAACCCCUCAUGGUUAGUUUGGCUUGGACUUAGAGGAUUCAGACAUUCCCUUAAAGAUUGCUGAUGCGCCAGAACUUCAGUUUGCUCUGGAGUCAAUAUAAAGGGGACAAUAUUUUUGUAAUUUGGCAGGUUUAUGGACAUGAAGCUUUGGAUUAUGGAUUUUAAUCGUGUUAUAAAUAGAAGAAGAAAAUCGGUGGCAUAGAAAAUUUUGCCCACUUUAUACUUAAAAACCAUGUGGAACUUGCUACUGCUGCUUUAGCUAAUAAUUAUAUGCUGAUAAUGCUCUUGGUAAAAAUAGCAAGAUUCUAGGUCACAGUUCAAACAGCAGUACACUUUUAAGGUUUUUUUGUGUACUGUGUGACUUGCUGCAUUGUAAUCUUGAGAUUAGGAAGGUGAAUGUUUUAAUCAAAUAUCAGACAAAUCGUUCUAAUAUUUGGACAGCGUGCUUACUUUUAACAAAUUAUUUUUUUAAUGCAUAUGGCAGGGAAAGAAGGGUACUAAAAAUAUAAACAUGGUAUUUAUUUUUUUCUAAAACUGUGGAAAAAAUAUAUGUGGAAAAAAUAUAUGUGGGAAAAAUGUAGACAUGUGCUACGUCAUUUUCAAUGUCUUUAAAUCACUGUUUAUUUCAAUUUAUACAGUUUUUUUCCAUACAAAUAUUUGCAACAGUUUGAAUUUCAAAAAACAUAACAUGGACGAUAAAUAUCAUGCUAUUAAAGUAUUAAAUUUGUACAAAAAUACUUUACAGUUUAAUACUUAUUUGUUACAAAUAAAAAUACAUAUUUAAGUGA